GUUGCGACCGGAACAUGAGUCUCACUUUUACGUGAUCCAUGCGAUCCGAUAAUCGGCUUUGAAAAUGUGGUCGAUGACCGACUGUGCUCUUGGAUAUCCGACAUGUGCGGAAUUAUUGCCAGUUACACCUGUGGGCAGGACCCCUCAUCGGUAGACAUCGAAGCACAGUUGCAAGCUUCUCUGAAGAAGAUUGCCCAUCGAGGACCGGACGCUUCAGGUAUAUGGAUCAGCAACAAUGGUCGUUGUGGCCUCGGUCACUGUCGAUUGUCGAUCAACGAUUUAUCUCCAGCGGGCUCUCAACCACUGCACUCGCCGGAUGGUUUCAUACAUGCUGUAGUGAAUGGAGAGAUCUAUGAUGACGGUUCAUUGCGCGACUCUCUUUCUUACCCUUUCAAAAGCCAGAGCGAUUCGGAAUUAGUUCUGGCUCUGUAUCAGCGACAUGGUAUCGGCUUCCUGUCGCAUCUACGAGGUGAAUUUGCAUUCUGUCUUUACGACAGUAGGCGAGACCUUUUCAUGGCUGGUCGUGAUCGGUAUGGCAUCAAACCUCUCUUUUGGCGUCGGGAACAAGAUCGAAUCUGGUUUGCUGCAGAAAUGAAGGCCUUUCUAGGAGCAGGUUGGCGUCCACAGUGGGACGUCGACUCCGUGCAAGACGGUGGCUGGGGCCAGGAUACCCGGACAAUCUUUCAAGGAUUACACAAGCUUCGUCCCGGACAUUACAUGAUCUGUCGAGGGGGUGAACCGGAAAUCCGCCCGUACUGGGAUUUGGAUUAUCCCACGGAGCAGUCGCCAGUAGAGAAUGAGGAUGCCCUGAUCCAGUCCCUGCGGGCACAUCUCAUACAAUCGAUCCGCCUGCGACUCCGAGCCGACGUCCCCGUGGGGAUCUACCUUUCAGGAGGCAUAGAUUCCUCUGCGAUUGCUGGCAUCGCUGCCCACCUAGUCAAGACGGAAAAGAUCAGUAUGGGCUCUGUCUCCGAACAGGUCCGCUGCUUUUCUAUAGGAUUCGACGAUACGGACUUUGAUGAGAGUGAAAUUGCGGAGAGAACGGCUGCCUUUCUUGGAGUGUCUUAUCACCGCGCUCACAUGUCUGAGGCCACUCUUGCGGAUCAUUUUGAAGAAGCGACAUAUCAUAUCGAACAUCACAAUCACGACCUCAACUACAUUGGAAAGUAUGCGCUUUCGGCCGUCCCCGGAAAGCACGGCUAUAAAGUCGUCUUGACGGGUGAAGGCGCUGAUGAGCACUUUGCCGGGUACCCUUUGUUCCUGCCAGACUUUAUGCGAGGCCAGCCCGAGGAGGUCGAUUUGCGACAGUCGAUCAAGGAUUCUUAUGCUGGUAUCGGUGGUUCAGUCGAUGCAUUUGACGAUCCGGAUCUCAAGACGCUUGGUCUCACUACGCCAGCCUGCAUGGCGGCGUUUAUACCGUGGGCAGGUCUUUUCACCCAAGCGCCAAAAUCCUCACCAGUUUCCGUCAUCGUGGAAAACGUCGACCCGGUGACCAGGUCUCGCAUGACUCGCUGGCAUCCGAUACACUCUGCCAUGUACAUCUGGACCAAAGGGCAUCUAGCCAAUCAGUUCCUGAGCUGCUUAGGUGACAGGGUCGAGAUGGCACAUUCCUUGGAGGCGCGCACGCCGUUCUUGGAUCACCACUUGACAGAGUUUGUCAAUCACCUCCCGCCUUCUCUGAAGAUCAAAAAGGACAAGGAUGGAUACAUCGAAAAGUAUGCUCUGCGAGAAGCUGUGAAACCUUUCGUUACCGAGGAAGUGUAUAGGCGACGCAAGCAUGCAUACACGGCGCCAACAAAGUAUGCUGUCGGUGGACCGAUCUAUCGCAAGCUCGAAGAGCUCCUGGUGAGAGAAUCAGUAGAGCAUCUAGGCUUCAUCAGGUGGAGCGUAGUGGAGGAUCUGAAGCGGAAAACUUGGGAAUUAGAAUCCGUCUGGGCAUUCAGACAGCUACUCAUAGUCGCUCAGUGGGUAGUCAUUAGCAAGCGAUUUGGUGUGGAGACGCAUGCGUAGAUAGAACAUUCAGAUGCAUCCUACCCAGAGGCCAC